AUGACGUCCGAUAAAGUCGGCGCAAGUGGAGGUGGACGAAGGAAUGUGGUUAUCGAAAGUGAGAAGAAGGAGCGAACAAGCAAAUACGACCCGUACUGGAUUUGCUCAGCUGGACAAGGCUCCACUAGGGCAGCCAUCGGUCGCCUUGGGGACCGUGGGAUGGCUGUCGAUCAUCUGCUGGCAAUAAACACUGGUCGAGUACCCUACCCUGUCGUGGAGAGGAUGAGAGAAGCUCCCAUCGCCCCUGAUGCGUCCCAAUGUUCCCGUACUGCCCAAAUAACACCAGGAACAACUUGCAACAUAAAUUCCCAUCAUUCGCCCACGACGGCAUUCACAGUAACCACCAGAGCGGACAAACACAAACACCCAAGCCAGACCUCGUCGGAUUCCGCUCUCGCCUCAAGAAACAUCAGACAGAACAGCUUCCUGGUUGGGGUUGUUCUUUUGUCCCAGCGAAAGAAUGUUGAAACAAAGAAGCUCAUCCAGCUCGAUCCUGCGCUGGCAGUUGGUUUUAGACACUGGCAACUGGGCAUCUGUGAGAACUUAGCUGUGAGCGGAGACCUUUUUCUCAUCUUCUGUCCAACUUUCAAAUUGUCCCAACCGAAGCCUGCAACUGAUAAAUCCUUAAAACUCAAAGCGCUUCUGCAAACCCACCUCGAGGCAGCUGCCAAAAUUGACGCGAUCUUCGUUUGUCAAGGUGGCAGUGCUCCGAUGCAAAUAGGCAAUCUUCAAACCCAUGCAACUCCUGCUAUCCUCACUCAUCACUAUACGGUUGAACUGCCUCCUCAGAUUGAGGAUGAGGACGAUGGACAUCAUGAUGAUGAUGGUCGGUCGGGGAUGGCAGAGGUUAUUAUUCCAUCUGAUCCACCCAAACUUAAACUUGUACUUAAUGCUGGUGUGACUGACCGAAGCAUUGACAACGACAUGCGUUUCAACUACAUGAAGGUCCCUCGCAACAAAAAUAGAAAAGAAUGUUAA